AUGGCUUCACCACCCGAGGACCCUUUGCACUGGAAGAACAGCUUGACUUUGCCCCCACAACCUGAGAGCCAUGGAGAUCUUCCCAACAGGGAGCCCGAAGACAGUUCGAGAAUCGGGUUCUGGGACCUGCAAACCUCGCGGAUGCCCACGCCGCAGCCCUGGGACGAGUCGCGCGCGAGGAGUGCCACACCCUCUGCAUGCAUCCAUGCGUCCACGCAGCCCUUGGCCCGAAGUGCAGCUUUGGAUCAAUAUGCACGGGCCAGCUCGGCGUGUGGAAGCUCUUCCGCACGCUGCUCCACGCGAGCUGCCACCACGACACCGACCACGGCCCGACCUUCACGCCUUUCUUGGAGAGAAAGAUCUCCAUUUGAGCUGGAGGAAGAGGAGAGGCCCUACAUGCAGUCUGAGAGGAAGGAGCAGGACCGGAGCUCACGGGUCUUCUUCAAGGCGAAGGAGAUCCAAAGAAGAUUGAGAGCGCUUUGCUUCACAAGAUCCUCUUCAGACGACGGCCUCCACCCGAUGCCGAGGAGGACGACGCGCGGCCCGUGCGCGCCCAUGCGGCACCGCCGGGACUGA